AUGGCCAUUUCCUCGGUUUGUGAUAAGGUAAAAAGUGGUAUUCAACAGUUGAUGGAUAGUGGGUACCUGCAGUUUGAGCGCGUACGACGGCCUGAAAUGGUCGAAAACGAAAUUGAUGUGGCAUCCAUCCCGUAUACUCCUGCCAAGAUUCCAAUUCCUGCCAUAGCACCUCCUUUGGUUAUUACAUCGCUUGGUCCCGUCCCGUAUCGUAGUGAAAAAGCAGUCCCGUGGAAUUAUGGUGGAGAAGUUUUCUACCAAGGGGCCAAGUAUGAGGUUAAGGCGCCUGUUGAGAAAGAUGAUGUUGAUAAUGUUGUGGGAAUUGGAAGAAUGACAAGAAGUGGUCGUAUUUUCAAUCCUCCCCAUAAUACACGAGACGAUAAUACAGAAGCUCUAGCUCAAGCCAAAGGGAAAAAGGUGGUAGAAGAUACGGUGGAUCAGGGGCAAAGUUCUAAUUCUGAAGAUACUGUGGCCAAAGAGAUGGAAGAGUUCCUAAAGAUCAUCAAGAAAAAGAUCUCAGUGAAUCAACUUGAAGGGGUGGUGUCAAACAUCAACGCUGGUAAUGGACUAGGAUUCACUGAUACAGACUUGCCUUCCGAAGGUAGAAACCACAAUAGAGCUUUGCAUAUAUCAGUGGAGUGUAAAGGGACUAUGUUAUCACGUGUUCUCGUGGAUAAUGGAUCUUCCUUGAAUGUAUUACCAAAGUCGUCUUUGAUGAGGCUAGAUUAUUCUGGUGUUGAGAUAAGGCCGAGUGAAUUGACGAUGAGAGCCUUUGAUGGAUCAAAGAGAUCAGUGUUUGGGGAGGUUGACUUGCUGAUAAUGAUAGGACCUCAGCUUUUGACUAUUACUUUCUUUGUGAUGGAUAUCCACCCGUCUUAUAGUUGUCUCCUAGGACGUCCAUGGAUUCAUGCUAUUGGGGCCGUGACUUCUACAUUGCAUCAGAAACUCAAAUUUGCCACCCAAGGAAAGAUAGUCACAAUAUGUGGGGAGGAAGAACACGUGGUAAGCCAUCUUGCGUCCUUCAGGUAUAUUGACGAGGAAGGAGAGGUCCACGAGACGCCGUGCCAAGCCUUUAAGGCUGUCCAGACUAUCAAGAUCCCUUAUGUUGAAAAUAAGAAGUUGGAGGCUCCCAUGUCUUCACUAAAGGAAGCUAAAGCUGUGGUUGAAUCUGGUCAUCCUGAAGGAUGGGGCCGAGUCUUGGAUUUACCGAUCAAGCAGGAUAAAUGUGGGAUUGGAUAUCAGUUGGGUCAGAGUUCAUCUAAUGAGGUCCCCAAGAAGCCCGGAACCUUCGUUCCAAUCAAGUUCUCUAGUGCUGGCAUCGUCAAAGAUCACGUUUGUGCUGGUGAUGAUGAUAUGGAUAGCGAUUAUGACAUUGAAGAAUGGAUCAAUCCAUGUGUCCCAGGACAGAAGCUUCUCAACUGGUCGUCCGAGGACAUCAUCUCAAUUGCUUUUGAUCAAGAGUAA